AGAACAUCACUUUUCCAAGCCAAAUGUGAUACCUCAGUUAGAAGUAGAAGACUGCUGGCCAAUGCAGAGAGAAAUUCCUCAAGAUACUCUUCCAGAAUGCUCUGGGCAUUCUUUGGACCCUGAAAUGAAUUCCUUUCCUGCUGAGAGUCCCCUGAUGAAGAUUAAGGUUGUUGAGGUCCUUACAUUGAACAAAGAUAUGGCUGGUCCCCGGAAUGCCCUGAUUCAAUCCCUCUAUCCAGAAAGUGGGGAAGACUUGAACCCAAGUAACCUCAAGCCAGCUCAACAGCCAAGCAAGCAUUUGACUGACACUGAAGCUUCGCGACAGAAGUUCCGACAUUUCCAGUAUGAAGAGUCAGCUGGUCCCCAGAAGUCUGUGUCCCAGCUUCGUAAGCUGUGUCACCAGUGGCUGCAGCCCAAUACACGUUCAAAGAAGCAGAUCCUAGAGUUGCUGGUGCUCGAGCAGUUCCUGAAUGCAUUGCCUGAGAAGCUUCGGGUAUGGGUAGAGUCGCAGCACCCAGAAGACUGCAAAGCAGUGGUGGCUUUGUUGGAGAAUAUGACCUCAGUGUCUAAGGACAAUGAUUGGCUUGCCUGUUCUAGUGAAGCCACUGAUGAACUAAAGGAGAAAAGGAAGGAUGUGGCCACCUUACCAGUUACUGUACCACCUGAGGUGCCGGUGACUUUCCAGGAUCUGGCUGUAGACUUCAGUCAGGAGGAGUGGCAGCUACUAGGUCCAAUGCAAAGGACCAAGUAUCAUGAUGUGAUGCUAGAGACCUUGGGCAACUUGGUGUCUGUGGGGUGGGAGCCCACAUUGGGAAACAGAGAGUUAAUUCCAGACUCUCCCAUUCCUGUGGUAAAGCCAAUUCAUGACCCAAACUCAAAAGAUCUCUCAAGGAAUCGUACCCAGUUUACUGUCUUUGAAAGUAUCUCACAAGAUGAGGUCCAGGAAAGGCACACCAUAGAAUCAAAUCAAGUGGGGCUUCUACAGGAAAAAGGCCACCCUCAGCAGAAGCUCUCUGAAAGCUCCAAGUCUCAGAACCAAACUCGUAUUGACAAAAGCCAGUGCUCACUCAAUGAAGUUCUUCCUAGAAAGCAUGUAAAAGUUAAGCAGAAGGGCACUGGAAAGGGGAAAGGCAGGACAAACACCAUUUCCAUGACAGGAGGUUUACGCAUAAGAAAUCAGCAGAAGGACUCUGUGGAGUGGCGAGACAGGAGUGGCAGCACUCCUGUGACACAUGGCUCCUCUAUAAAAAACCAACAAUUGGGUUCUGAGCAGGGAAAAACUCAGACCAGCGGAGAUCCCAUUACACUUACUGUGCCUGCAGAAUUUUACCAGAAAGCCACUGGCUCUGAAGAGGGUAGGUUUAGGAACAGUAGCAAUGCCAUGGCACCUGAUGCACCUCAAAAGAUUCACCAGAAAGGCCCUGAAUGGCAUAAAGCUGGGAAAAGUAACAAUUCCAUGUUACAAGGUUCAUCUGUACAAAAUCACCAGAUAGGGUCUAGGGCAGGAAGAGCCAGGGACAACAGCAUCUUGACACAUGUAAAAAUUCACCAGAAAGGCUAUAAAGAAGGCAAAAUCCAAGGAAACAAUAAUUACUUGAAACAUGUAAAACCUCACCGGAAGGGUUCUAAAGGGGAAAGACUCAGGGAACUUAGCACUUGUGAAAAACAUGUCCCCUAUGUAAAACAACACCUAAAGACCCCGGGAAGAGGAAAAGGCGGGAAAAUCAAUGCUUCCAUAAAAUGUGGUCCCUAUAUAAAAACUUACUAUAGAGGUUCUGAUGUGGGAAGGCUCAGGAGAGCCAACAAUUGUAGGAAAGCCAUCAGCCGGCAUGCUCAGCAGAUAUCCUUUAUAAAAAUUCACAAGGGGAGCCAAGUUUGCCGAUGUAGUGAAUGUGGUAAAAUGUUCCGAAAUGCUAGGUAUUUCUCUGUCCAUAAGAAGAUCCACACAGGAGAGCGGCCUUAUAUGUGUAUGUCCUGUGGGAAAGCAUUUGUUCAGAGCUCCUCCCUCACGCAGCAUCUUAGAAUUCACAGUGGAGAGAGACCAUUUGAGUGUUCAGAGUGUGGGAGAACUUUCAGUGACCGCUCAGCUGCUGCUCAGCACCUGAGAACUCAUACUGGAGCUAAGCCCUACCAAUGUCAGCACUGUGGGAAAGCUUUCCGUCAGAGUUCCCACCUCACCAGGCAUGUGAGAAUUCAUACUGGGGAGCGACCUUAUGUGUGUACCAAGUGUGGGAAGGCAUUCACACAGAGCUCAAACCUUAUUGGGCACCAGAAAACACACAGAAAGAAGUUCAAGAAGCAGCCUAAAUUGUAGCCUUUGUGCCUUUCAGAGCACUAUGGUUUCAGCAUUGAGAUGUACCAUGCAGUCACUGAGUCUGAUAGGCUUUGGAUAAGGAGAGCCCCACACCUUAAGGACAGCACAGGAAACCACCUAGCAGGCAGCCAGUGAAACCAGCAGGGAGGUUGGUUUUGUUUUUGUUUAAUUUUUAUUAGAUAUUUUCUUCAUUUACAUUUCAAAUGCUAUCCCUAA